AUGAAUUGCAAAAUUAUAAUUACACAUGAUAUAUUAUUUUCCUUUUGGAAUAUAAUAACAGAUGAAACAAAACAAAUUAAGUAUCAAUUAAACAACCCAAUCCCUAACAGCAAUGCCUUUUGCUCUUCAAGACCUAACUAUAAUCAUAACACCCCAAAUUUAAAGGCUAAACUUAUCAGCCGUAAAAUUAACACAUGUAAUAUUAAAGCAGCUUUAAAUUUAGCAGUGUCCGAAGACACCAUAUCCCCUGACAAUUUGGACACAAUACUCUUAUUACAAUCUAUACAUCCCCAAGAUUUUAAUAAAUUACCACCACCACCUCUAUCCAUUCCUACUCCUCCUUUAACUGUCAUAGAAGUUACUAAGGCAAUAGUCUCUUUCAGAAAAGACUCCUCAGGAGGACUUGACGGUUUUAGAGCUAUAUACCUUCAGGACCUUACCAAAUCAACAACCACCAGCAUUGAACUUAUAAACAACAUAACAACUCUACUUAAUCAUAUUUUAAACGACAACAUACCUUCUACAGUACAACCUCUUAUUCACGGUGCACGCUUAAUAGCCUUAAACAAAAAAAAUGGCGGCAUUCGCCCAAUCGCUGUUGGCUCUAUUUUCCGCCGAAUUAUAUCUAAAAUUAUUUGUACCCGCAUUAAAAGCAAGCUCACCGAGCGAUUAAUUCCCCAUCAGCUUGGCUUCAACAUACCUUCCGGUUGUGAGGCAGCCUCCCACGCCACACGUAUCCAACUUCAGGCCACUAAAAACUGCAUACUAAAAGUGGAUUUUAAAAACGCCUUUAACUCUUUAAAACGAGAACACUUUCUCCCUAUUUUCUGUGACGCUUUUCCAGAAUAUUCUCCAUAUCUUUUUGCCUCUUAUAACAAUUCAUCCUACCUUAAAUUCAACAAUACAAUAAUUGAAUCAAGGCAAGGCAUUCAACAGGGUGAUCCCCUUGGACCCGCCCUUUUUUGCUUAGGGUUGUCUCUCAAUAACAACAAAUGUGAAUUUUAUUCACAAGAUGAAACCUUCAUCGUUCCUCAUAACUUCACACCCAUUAAUUUAUCCGGGUUCACACAUCUUGGAUCUCCAAUAGGCGGCAAUAAAGCAAUCGAACAUUUCAAAACAAAAUUUCUCCGUAAUUUCUACCUUUUACAUAAAAUCCUUCAAGUCUUUCCCUCCCAUCAAGCUUUCUUCCUUCUCAAAAACUUUUUAUUUAUCCCAAAAAUCCAACACGCCUUCCGCUCUGCCCCACUUUUCUUAUACCCGGAAAUUCUCACCCAAAUUGAAUCAACAAUCAAAGACUCUUUAGAAGGCAUCCUUAAUAUAAAAUUCAGCCCUAAUUCUUGGAUGCAGGCCUCCUUACCCUCGAAAUUUGGGGGUCUUGGCUUAAGAUCACCCGUACCCCCACUUAAUAAUCGCACAGACCCCUACUUUCUCCACGCCCUAGCAAUCUGGAAAGAUAAUUCCUUCUCCGCUCCAAUCUCCACAUCACGAAAGCAACAUGACUGGGAUCUUCCCUUAAUACACCACUCCGUUGAAUAUUUAAUAUCGAGUGCUGCUUCUAAGGGAUCCCCAUCAAUCCUUUCACAUUUAUUAUUUCCCAUUACAGUUGAUGAAUCCUUAACAGUUGAUCAUCUCUCUCUCCCACAACUGCAAGUUCCACAACUUUUGCCUUCCUUAUCGGGCUAUGAAUGGUUAGAAGCUUUGCCCAGCUCAAACUUAGGACUUCUCUUAACAAACGAAGAAUUACGCAUAGCAAUAGGUCUCCGUCUUGGUUGUAAUAUACUGGCCAACUCCACAUGUACAUUAUGUUCCCAACCCGUUGAUUGUUUUGGACACCAUCCUCUUCAUUGUCGAUUCUCUAAAGGUAGAUAUUCUCGACACAGUGCAGUUAAUGGCACCAUUCUCCGUGCUCUAUGCUCAGCUCAAAUUCCAGCAACCCUCGAACCCUGUUGCCUCUCAACCGAGAAUAAUAUACGUCCAGAUGGGCUGACAUUAAUACCAUGGAGUAAUGGAAUUCCAUUAGCAUGGGACUAUACCUGCAUCGACCGAUUUGCUCCCUCCUUUAAUAAGAACUCAUUCAUGCGAGCUGAAAACUCGAAAAUUAAUAAAUACACUUCCCUAACAAAUUGCAAUCUCAUACCAAUCGUAUCCGACACAACCGGGUCUUUUGGCAAUCAUGCCCUAACCUUCUUCAAAACCCUCGGUAAAAAAAUCCGCGCCAUCACUGGUGAUCCUCAGGAAGGCUUCUAUCUCAGACAGCGCAUAUCUAUUGAUAUAUGCAGAUCUAACUGCAUUGCCAUCCAUGGCUCUCUUUCUUGA